UUUGGAGGAUGGAGAUUUUUGACCUUUGCAUUUUCUCGAAAAGCAAGACAAUAAUCACACAAUGGCGCGAACGAAAAGCAAGAAGGACAAUCGGCAGACUGGAGUGAAAGCAAAGGCUGCUGCACCGGCCAAGAAGUCGGCGCCUGCACAGGACGAUUCGGCCAGCGACAUGUCGGACCUCGAGAAAUAUGACGCCCCAGCUGGACAAGACGAAAUGGACAUCAGCGAAGACGAGAAGGACGCUGCCGAGGAAGAGCUGGAGAGAGCCGUGUUUGGCGACAGCAUGGGAUUCAGAGCUGGGCUCGCUGGAUUCGGGACUGGUCUGGAUGAUGAGGAUUCGGCGGAAGAGGGCGCUGCUGCGUCUGGCGAUGAAGGAACAUACGAUGGUCUCGCAGACGCCGACUUGUUCUUCACUGAUGUUGGCGCAUCGGCUGACCUGAAGCCCGUCCCUGCGACUGAAGAGGAGGAAGAGGAAGAAGGAGCAGCGUGGCAAGACAGCGACGACGAGAGAAUGCUUGUGUCAUUGGCCUCAGUACCGCGACUGCGCAAGCUGAGGAGGACAGAGGCUGAGGAUGUGAUUUCUGGCAAAGACUACGUCCGCCGUCUUCGCAAACAUUACGAGAUGCUCAACCCUGUACCCGAUUGGGCUGUCGAAGCCGCCCAGCAAGGACCUAGAAAGAAGCGUAGACUUAGCUACGACGAUCUCGAUGCUGAUUCAGAGGAUGAUAUGGACAUGGACGAUGAAGAGGGCGGCGACGAAAUCUCGGCCGAACCGCUCAGCAAGCUGCUGCAAGGAGGAGGCCUCGUACGCCGAACGGAAAGCAAGAAGCGCAAGCUGCGACCCGAGGUCAUCGACAUCCAACGUACAAAGGACAUUGGCAGUACACAACCCUCGGCCAUCACCUCUCUGCAAUACCACCCCGAGCUUCCCCUGCUGCUCUCCUCCGGCCCUUCGUCAACUCUUUACCUCCACCACAUCGUCGCGUCUCCUCCAGCAUCCGAAGCCAACCCUCUUCUCACCUCCCUACAUAUCCGCAAGACUCCCCUCACGACGACCGCUUUCCACCCCAACGACCCCCGUAUCUUCCUCUCCGCCCGCCGCCGUUACUUCCAUGUCUGGAACCUCGAGACCGGCAAAGUGGAAAAGAUUGCCCGUGUCUACGGUCAUCAACACGAACAACGCAGUAUGGAGCGCUUCAAGCUGUCUCCCGACGGCCGCAGCAUGGCCCUUAUCGGCAGUGCUCGCAAGGGUGGCGGUGUAAUCAAUAUCCUCGACGCAUACACAUUACAAUGGUCCAGCCAAGUACGCGUGGAGAGCAACAACGGUAUCGCAGACUUUGCCUGGUGGCGCGAUAGCCGCGGUAUGAGUAUCGCUGGCAAGAACGGUGAAGUCACAGAGUGGAACAUGGAUGAGCAGCGCGCCGUGGCUCGCUGGCAAGAUGAAGGCGCUGUUGGCACCACUACAAUCACUCUCGGUGGUGACAAUGGAAAUGCUGGCUCGCCUAUCGGUAAAGAUCGUUGGGUUGCUGUGGGCAGCUCGAGCGGUGUGGUCAACAUUUACGAUCGUCGCGCUUGGCUCAUUGCCUCUGCAUCUUCCACCGACCCUCUCGCUUCGCCUACCCCUACUGCUCCUAAACCUACUCGCGCUCUCGACAAUCUCACCACACCAAUCUCUCACCUCAACUUCUCUCCUGACGGCCAAAUGCUAGUCAUGGCAUCAAAAUGGAAGAAGGACGCUUUGAGAAUUGUGCAUCUGCCUACUUGUACAGUGUUUAAGAACUGGCCUACCAGCAACACGCCGUUGGGUAAAAUCACUGGAGUUGCGUUUGCACCAGGCAGUGAUGGUCUUGCUGUUGCAAACGAGCAGGGAAAGAUUAGAUGUUGGGAGGUUAGAGCAUAGAAGGCUUCAAAGUUUGAAGCAUACAUACAUGGUGUGGUGUACAUGAAUCAGUCUAAAUUCAAAGGAACAUCCGAACACAGAUGACUGUUUCUCAAUCGUACAACGGGUUUGCGCUAUGGACAACAAUCACAUGUGAACAUCUUGCAAGACAUUUAGUUUAUUCGUUCAGGCCUGUUCGAAUUCGACAAUGAGGGAACGCCUUCUCUAACGAUUAUACCUCAAUAUCAGAGGCUUUCCAGUCACGCGAGCGUGAUGGUGAUAAUCAUGUUUGAAAUGACAACUGGGAGCGAUUUCCAACCGAAAGCUAUCGGUGCUGAAGGCGGUGCUGAGGUCUUUCGGUCAUCCCAUAAUGUUUCUCAAACAUUACCUCCCACACGAACUGGUUUCAAUAAGGCCAAGAGAACUCUCGUCUCUCUCGUUAAAUACGAGCUUUCGAAUUUAAUGUAACCAUGCAGGCUUUAUUCUGCACAAAAUCCUAAAUUCAAAUUUCCAGGCUUCAC